GCGCCACAUCGUUUGCCAGCUUUAGUAGGUAGCCACCGACGAGCAGAACCGCCAGCGCCAGCUAGUGAUGUACCGUGACCGCGACGUGCACGAUCACGACGACGGAGAUUUGUGCAAGACACAAGCACCGACCGAAUAGUGUAGCGGAACAGCAGACAAGACGUUACCCCGGUUCCGGUACCAGGUGUCAUCCUGAGGGUGUGCCGAAUCCCCCGACCGACCGACCGAGUUCAUCGGAAGCAGCAGCCGAAAAGGUAAUCGAUUUUACCCAAGUGCCCAAACGCGGACAGAGACCCUUUUUAGGCGUUUGAGACGCAAGUGCGCAACCAGUGCGAACGAACGCCACCGCUUUAUCGUUGUCCUGCCGAGUACAGCGUAGUGUGUGUAGUGUGGCGUAAAGUUUUUAUUUCUAUUUGCUGUGGUUAAUUUUUGGACAAACAAAACCGGAAAUACGAAAGCGCAAUACUUGCACGGCAGCACGGGAUACACCCUCAGGCGUCGGUGAGUCUUCGAUCGUGAACGAGCGCGUGUGCGCGUGCGCCUAUCUUCCGGGCGCCGACAGUACCGAAGGCCGCCCACUAGCAGCAGCAGUACGUCGCCGGCAGCAGCUAAUGCUACCACGAUCAAACGCAUAUCGAACGACGACGACAACGAACGACGACGACAUACACAACUACACCUAAGGAUCGCGAUCUUUUUCUACCACCCCACCCCACCCUCCCCCGAAUAACAAGCGGAAGAGAACCACUACGGCUGGUAAUACGAGCAAAAAACGCGCGAAGGUGAUCACACCGCGGGGUGUGCAAAAAGGGACGUGGGAAGCAAAAAGAAGAAGAAAAAACAACAACAAAUCGUUCAGGGCGGUGGGUAGGAAGACGCUGGCAGAACAUUGAUAUCAAAAAUAAGAAAACUGACUAGAAUUUUUAAAAAAUAACAUACACACACACACCACCCUUCUUUUCCCAACUCACCCCCAAAACCCCAACACACACAUACAUUCGUGUAACACGAUCGCUAGACGGUGCGAGCGAGACGCAUACACCUGGAGGCGCCGUCAAGGUGUGUGGCGGUGGCGCUGGUGUUACCGUCUACCGGUCUCCAUCCUCCCAACCACUGUCUUCCACCAACGAAACACCCCCACACACACACACACACACACAACGCCUUCUCUCACGCCUGCGAAACCGUGUGCGGAAAGCAGCUUUAAACGAGCGGGGGGGAGGGCCGUGUAAAGGGCGGGCAGCGUGGCAGGCUUCAAGUGUGAGCGAGACAAACGAGACAAUUUAUCAUCGGCUCGCGCAAAAGGCCGUAAAGGUGUAGUUUCGCACACCCAGGUAGUACGAAAGACAGCGGCCACAGCAGCGGCAGCAGCAGCAGCAGCAGCAGCAUCAUCGGCAGCAUCAUCAGCAACACUAUCAACCGAGUUACUACUUGCCAUCCGAAGAAGAGAAGGCAACAGCAACAAAACGCACGCAGCGAAACACACAUCACACCCGUUGUCAUUUGGGGACGAAUCAGCGCGCAACGCGAAUGAUUUGCAACUCGCACAAAGUGUAUGGUCGCGAAACGCGAGAAAAUGUAAGCAGCCGCAACAACCGCAGUGCAACAAUCGGUGCCACUAGACGAACGAUCGAACGAACGGAAGAAACGAACGGUACCAGUGGCCAUAGGUUGCCCCGUACCAGUCAGGGCACAUCGACCGUUGGCCGGAGAACAGCGUACCGCUGGACGCGCCCGAAGCAGCGAACCCGCAAGCGCAGAAAACGCAAGACCGUCACCGAUCGCCGGUGCGGCGACGCGCUGGCACCGUUGGCACCGGACGACGGCCUGGUGCCAAGGAGAGCAGCCAGGAUCCAGCAAUCCAGGUGCGUUUUUACGUGACCAGUUGAAGCUGGUAAGGUGAUUGGGUUGAGGUUAGAGUGUUGUUUAUCCAUGCUAUCCUGAUAGGUGAAUACUAUCGGAAGAUAAGUAUACGCAGUGUGUGCAUGUGUGUAGUGCGCGGUACCAAACGUGAAGCGUGAAAGCGCACCAAAAAACGCUAGUGAAGUGUGAGCAAAACUUCGGUACAAGUUCGGUAUUUUUUGUUUUUUAAAUUGAAGUGCAACAGUAAAAUUUAAGUUGAAGCAAGUGUUUAUGCUUAAUAAUUUGCAAACAACCUCAAACCAGUGUUGGAAGUGAAAAUUUUUGGUGAAAUAGAUGUGAAAUAGAGUGAAAAUAAAAACCACAAAUAUAGUUUAAAAAAACCCUCAAUUUUUUUGGUGGAGCAUAACAAGGAACCGCAAAAGCAGCAGCCAAGAAGACAAGAAUUUACAACAACAACAACAAAAAAUCACACACACAAAUCAAAAAGAAACAAAACUCAAAUCGGCUCAACCAAAAAAAAAGCCGUACGGUUUUAGGACGCAAAACACGGUAAAAAACCGUGUACCACGACAGAAAACCGGCAGCCGACGAUGGCUAAAUUUAUCGCGACACUUUGUCUCCUGUGGCUGUCGGUGCUGAUGCUGAUCGGGUUCGCAUCCCGACCGGUCACAGCCCGCCGGCAUCCACUGCUGAUCGAGGACGAGGGAGCACGCCGUAACCGGCCCGCAGAGUGCCAGUUUGGGAAGACCAUACGCGAACUGCAUACGACCUGGUUCGCCGAUCUGGGGCCCCCGUUCGGCGUAAUGUACUGCAUCAUGUGUGAAUGUGUACCGUUCCAGAAGAAGCGUCGCGUCGUGGGACGCGUCCAGUGUCGCAACAUCAAGAACGAAUGUCCGAAGCCGACCUGUGACGAUCCGAUCCUGCUGCCGGGAAGAUGCUGCAAGACCUGUCCGGGAGAUGUUCAAAGUCCUGACGUGGUGCAAGAUCUUCCCCAGGCGACGAUGCCGGAAGAGGAGGAGCGCAGCAAACAUUUUGCGGCCCUGCUGACCGGACGUACCUCAUCGCUGCUGAAGAAAGACGACAUGAGCACGAUGUACUCGACGCUAAACCCACAGAACGUGGUCGCUACCGGGCGGUUUUCCUUUCACAAGAAGAAUCUUUACUACAGCUUUUACGUGUCGGAACGGGCAGCACGGCCACGAUCGAUACAGUUCGUGCAUGCAAACGGUAACAUCCUGGAGGAACACACGCUUACGCUGCCGUCGGACGAGGGUAGGUUGAGUGCGUACCAGAACGGUACCGGUAAGGUGUGCGGUGUAUGGCGCCGUGUACCCCGCGAAUAUCGACGGCUGUUGCGGGAUGAGCUCGUGAGCGUGGUGCUGCUCUGGGGUAGCAAACAUCAGGCGGAACUAGCGAUAGCCGGUCCGAUUGCGAAAUAUACCGCACUGGCGCACGAACUCUUCAGCUCACUGUUGGAACCGGCCGCCCAGCCCGAUAUGAUGAGCGGUGCCGGCGGUACGGCGAUCGUGUCGACGAGCAGUGGCGUCACCUCCUCCAUCCAUCUGACAAUCGUACUGAAUGGGCUGUUUGCGCCGGAGGAUGUGAGCGACGUGCCGCUGAACGUGCGUCUCGAAUCGCUCGACAAGCGUCAGCUGAUACUGGAGGAUGUGCAGCGCGUACGCAAACCGGCCCAUGACAUCAACGUGCUGGAGGUAUCGUCACCAGUGUCCGUGAGUGAUCUGCGUCUGCUAACGCGCGGUAAGCUCACUCUGACGGUAGAGUCACGACGGAAUCCGGAGCUGUUACGGUUGCAGGGUCCGGUAAGGGGUCGGGUUGCGUGUGAAGUGUUCCAAACCCUGCUCAGCUCACACGGUGUGGAUGUACGCAGUGAUGCGAGCGGUUUGGCCUGGAUGUACCAGAACCGCGAGGGUUCGUUGGUUUACCACGUGCAGACGCAUCAUCUGCAUGGGCAACCAGGUACCGCUAGCCCGGGACUGACGCUGAUCGACGACAGUGCCAAGCGCAAGCCGGAGCUGGAAACAUUGACCCGCGCGUUCGCCGGUGAUCAUGCGUCCGGUGUAAUUGAUCGUAUGGGACCGCGCGUACUGGAACCGCUGUACUCGGGCGAACUGGCAAUACACGUAACGAACGAUCAGAAUCUCACCCUACUGCACGGCAAGUUUGUGACGCGCCAGGUAGCGGACGCCCGUGACUCAAGUGCGCCGGUACUAUUGCGCCGUACCGCCGAUCUGCCACCGCUUACACACGCGGUCGGCAUGGUCUGGAUGGCGGUGGACAACGAGUGUAGUCUGCAUUAUGACCUGUCGCUUGCUGGAGUACCGGGUGCGUUCCAUCCGCUGCAGCUCUACCUGGAGGAACUACCGCUGGAGGCACCGAAUGCACCGAUCAGUCGCCUGCUGCUGGAGGAGUUCAAUGGCAACCAGCUGGAGGGUUUCCAGCUCGGACUACCGACCCGUGAGUUGGCUAAGCUCGAGACGAGCGUCAUCUAUCUGGAGGUGCGCUCAAACAGUACGUCCAAACCGUUGCUGCGUGCCCGCGUCCACACACCAACGCGCGUCCCGAGUCACUGUACUGGCGGGCUAGAUAACGAAGUGCAGCAGGAUCCGUUCGCAGCGAACGAUGUACCGGUCACGACCAAUGAGAAAUGCUUCCAUUCUGGCCGUUUCUACGACGAAGGUGAAACGUGGCGCAGUGCGGUAGAAGCGUGUACGAUGUGCUCCUGUGACCAUCAGCAGUACAAGUGCGAAAAGAUGAAGUGUCCACCGCUGAGAUGCCGCAAGGAAGACAUUGUACAGAAGAAGGGCGAAUGCUGUCCAUCGUGUGCCGCAUCAAAAUCCUCCUCAGGUAAUGUACUUCCGGCAGCACCGGUCACUACUGUCAGCGCUGGCAGCACUGCUGCUCAGCGUGGUUGCAACCUCGGUGAAGAGUUCCACGAAGCCGGUACAACAUGGCACCCGUAUCUGCACCCGAGCGGUUACGAAACCUGCACCAUCUGUACGUGCGAGCUGCUUACGCUGCAGGUGAAGUGUGCCCGGGCCCAAUGUCCACCGUUACCGUGCAGCGACAAGGUUGCGUACCGGCCGGACAAGAAGGCCUGCUGCAAGGUCUGCCCACAGGUGAAGGAACCGAAGGUCCCGAAGAAGGUACCAGCCGGUCGACAGGAUGUACAGUACGAUGAGGCGGGUAGCUCGGUCGGUACGUUGCGUUCGCCGCAGGCCAUCCUAGCAGCCGGCGGUUGCCGUUACGAGGAGAACAUCUACGAGAACGGCCAAGAGUAUCACCCGAUUCUGGCGACGCACGGUGAGGAGAAGUGUAUCAAGUGUCGCUGCAAGGAUGGACAGCUAAACUGUAGUCGCAAACGGUGCAACCGUGCAAUGUGCAACCGACAGAAUGCGAAGCGCCCCGGUCAACAGCAGCAACAUCAACAGCAGCAGCAGCAACAGCCAGUCGAUGAGUGUUGCCAGUGCAGGCCUGCACGCCAUCACCGAAAACGACAGCAGCAGCAACAACAGCAGCAAACGAGUGUUAAGAGUUGAAUUGUGUUAGUUUACGAGCGUAGUACCGACGCGGAGUACCGUGGGUUUCCCUGUGCCAUGUUAAGUGUGUUGCUCGCGGGGCUCUGGCCAAUCCACACACUUAUCUGUUUACCAUCCUCUCCUCUGCCUUCCUUCUUCUCUUACUUUCUCUCUCUCUCUUUCACUCUCUCAUAUGCAUAAACAUACUCACACAUACAUGGUACCUGUGUAAGGUGGAAGAAUAGCAGGAAUCGUUCAAUGAUUCCAUUAUCAAACGCCAUUGAGUAAAAAAAAAACGGGUGCAUAUGUGUGUUGGUAUCGGUCAUCUGUCAUUUGGGGACACCCUGCCGUGUGUCCGUAACGUACCUUCCUUCCUUUCCAGUAUCCAAAAAUGGUGGGAGUUUCUUAUUUUUUUAGAAACGUUACUACUCAUCACUUACGCCGUAACGCCGUUACGCACAAACAGAUUUAAAAGAAGAAAAAAAUAGCUCGUACACACACAUAUAUACACACGCGCAUACAAACUCAUCCCAAUUAAAGCCUUUUCGUUUCGCAUUAGUACUAAAGAAUUGCAUCCAUGUUUUUUUUCUGCACUUAAGCAGCCAUGUUUUGUUUUCGGUAUUAUUAGAGCUUUGCCGUUGUUUACGGCAUAACGCCACUUCAUUCGAUGCGAAUUGACAGAGAAAUGUGAAUUGCUAGAUUUUAUCCUAGCGUUUCGAGUGUUGGUGUGUAUGUGUGUGUGUGCGUGCGUGUGUGUAUACGGGUCUGGGUUGGGUUUUACCUCCAUUUGGAAGUACUUGCAAAGUUUGGAACAUCUCUGAAACAGGACCUCCAUCGUGUACUAAGAUAUAGAAUACUUCUGUAUGUGAAAACGCGCGGAAGAGGGUACCGGGGGUGGGUUAGGGAAAGGACAAAACUUAAACAAAACAAAACAGGAAAAAGAAGAAUCGACAUGUCGAAACCCGGAACGGGGGCUUUUGGAGUGUCACGCCAUGGUUCGGGAGAUUGUAUUACGGAGAGGGAGAGAAACUAUUUAUAUGUACUUUAAAAUGGUAGAAACGACAGACAAACAUACAAAAACACAUAUGCACACACACACACAGCAUACAUACAUACAUACAUUACUUUUUUAUAACCAGUUAAGGAUAACGAUGCAUAACGAUAAUAUAAAAUAUGCUAUACCGUAACGUAUCUAGUAGUAAACGUAAAUGCGCGUCUACACGCACCCACAUAAACCGUACACGCGUGCGCUUCUACACAUUUUAAUCAGUAUGCGUACAUGCGUGGUGUUGGGUUGUGUGUGUCGGUGCCGAUGAGUGACCUUUUUUGUAUUGAAACGAUAUACCACAUAUAGGAACAUGUAUGGAUAUAUAUUCAUAUACCUUUAUAUAAAUAUAUAUACAUUUUUUUUGUACAUGUAGGCAUGUAGGAUGGAUCAUGAUGUACUAACUAAGCGCUUAGUACCUACCGAUAUAAGGACACGUAUUUAUUUUUGCAAACAAAAACAAAACCAACACACACACACAUACAUUUUUGUACACACUGACACACACACACAUACAAAAAACAAAUAUAUAUGUAUAACAAACUUGAACAGGACCGUCUGCGAAUGGGUGGAAUCGCGUUCGUGUUGCGCCACUCCACGUACCAAAGCGAUUUACGAUAAUUUCUAGUGUUAGGACAUUUUCCCCCCCUCUUUAUUAUUAUUAUUAUUAUUAUUUUUUAUAGUGGACGGGAAAAUGAAUGUAGGCGGUAAAGGAGAAUUGAGCGAUCCGGUAUUGUAAAGAUGGAGCAAAAAGGGCAAGAGACGAACGUUGGAUGUGGGAUGGAAGAAAGGUAGAAGGGGGGAGGGGAUUAAAAACAAAUCGCAAACUAUGGAGAUCCGUUCGGAAUCGAUCACCACCGAUUUCAAAAUGGCGGUCGGACGAAACAAACAAAACAAGAUGGCGCGACCGAACGAACCGCCAUAAUGCUGGCGAAGCUGGUUAAAGCGUACUGCAAAGUAGCAAUAGCACCGUACCGAGAAGCAGGUGUGGAAGGUGGAAGCGCAUUUAAAACAAGAGAAAACAGAAAACAAGGAAAAAGAAGAAAAAAACAACGGAUAGUGCUAGUAGGCGUUGUUAAGUGUAGGUGUUUUAGUGUGAAAAGUUUCGUGCGUAAAGCUUCCGAAGCAAACGUAGGAAACGAGCAGAAGGAGUUAAGCGAAGCAAAUAGAAGGGACAAAAUAGAAUAAACACCACCACCAAUUACAGGAAACAAAACCAGUUUACUAGUUUUUUGUGUCGUUUUGUGUUUUUGCGCGUCCUCUUCUUCGUCUUCUUCAUUUUAUCGCUUUUUCGUCCGUAUUUUACAGUGUCCGAGAUCUGCCAAUGCAUGUUACAGGGGAAGCUUUCGGUGACACGCUUAGAAAGAGGGGAAAGGGAAGGAGGUGUGAGGGAUGAAGUUGAAGAAGGAUUCCCGUGUUUUUUUUGGGCCAAUCAAGGAUUCCAGUGUAACGCGCCUAGUGCGAAAGUCUGGUUCCAUACGCGCCUUUUUCACUCGCCUUAUUCUUCGCGUGGUGUACUAAUUUGUUGCCUUUUCGUCCCCUACUUGCUUAACCGUUUCCCCCAUAGCAUAGCAUUUGCAAAAACAAAACAAAAAACAAAGAGUUGAGAGAAGCAGGACGCAUAAAUUAAGGAAGUUUGUGUGCGUGUGCAUGUGUGUGUGUGACAGAGAGAAAGAGACAAGAAGGAGGGGGGAGAGCUAGCAAGAGAGUACAAGACGAAAACGUAAAAACAAAACAUUGUAACAAUCCUCGCGAAUGCUGGUCAUAGCAGUCAUAUAUCUUGUCUUAAAUCUUAAUAUUUCGCCAUCGUUCCACCAUUUUAGUUUUUGUGUUUUUUUUUUGUUUAUCAAAAUUGGAAAACAAAUUUAUAAUUUUAAAUUGUGGUUUAAAUGUAACUAUUUCGUAACAGCAAAAUUAUCGCAAUGCCAAAAAAAGGAGUAAUAUCAUCGUGAGGAUAUACAAUAUGUACGGCGAAAUUACAUAAGAAGCUUAAUGUUUAGGCCCUGUUUUAGAACGCCAUGUUUAAAAGUGGUAGAAAGUUAAAAAAAAUAUAACACUAAAUUUAAAAAAAAAGAAAGGACGAGUAAGACAAACAUUUUUAUUCCAAACGAAUGUUUAGAACACGGAACAAUCUUAGAUAGAAGAAGAAACCUACUAAGAACAACAGAACAAAACAGAAGAAAACCGAUAGUGAAUGGAAAGGAAAGAAGCGAACUGAAACAGUUAGUUGUGGAUGCCUCGAUCUCUAGUCAUGCGUUUGCACUGGUGUGCACGCUAGGGAGGCACGUCACGAGACGGUAAGCAGUUUCGAUCGGAGCGAAAACUAAAAACGGUGCGUUUGAUUGUGUUUGUGAUGUUGGAUUUUUAAACAUACUGCAAACACAACCAUUCACCAUUUUGUGUGUAAAUGGCCUACUACGGGAUAUUCAUCUGAAGAGAAAAAAAGCACAUGCACACACAUACAUAUAUAUAUAAUCCUUUCAUUAACACACUCGUUAAGAUGCAGAGGUUAGGUAGUGCAACACCUUUUUUUUGCUGCUAGUAAGCAGCUACUAAGAUUCGAUAAAACCGCUAACACUAAUGACCGGUCAAUAUCAUACAGAUAUGAACAAUGGUAACUAUAUUUAAAAUGUAGUGUUUUUAUUUUUACUAAGUAUUACUACAGCUUACUAUAUGAUACCAGCUGGUUUAUGGAAAGUUUUACUCUCCUGCCUGAUUGUUACAAUUAACGACUGAUGGUUCGUAAUUACUGCUUUCUGUCAGUUGCUUCGUUAGACUUAUUUGCUUGCUUACACUACACUCAAUCGGAAUGUUGCUACCGGACCACGCGUCGGUAGUUGUUUUGUUGAUGUAUAACGCUAGUGUUACUAUAUUGUAAAACCCUGCCCAUGAACCCAUCCCAUUACCGCCUGUACGUGUUGUUUUGUUUUGCGUCCCAUGAGUUGUCCGUUUUUCUGUUACCGUUCACCUUUGCCCAUGGGAAAAGAUUUAAUAAGUAGUAAACCAGCUUUUUUAAAAAUAACAACAGAUAAUAGAGAGAAAGAGAGAGAGAGAAAGAACACAGAUAAACUAAAGAGAAAGAGUGAAGAAGAGAACAAAAAAUGGAAGUAAAAGUGACAGAAUAUCGAGAGAAAGAUAGUAAAAUGGUAAAAAGAAAAAAAGGGCAAAAAUUAAACAUAGGCACACGAUUGAAAACUCUUCCGUUUCGUUACCACUUACCAAAGAAGACUGAAUAUGUUAACAAUAUACAACAAAAACACACAACAACAACAACAAAAAUCGAAACAAAACGGUAUCGAAGAAAAAAAAACAAACGAAACACAAGUUUUGUGGAACAAAAUUGACACGACGCAUAAAAUAAUAUCUACCCCUUCCUCCCCCUCUAUUCCCACGAUUGAAAGAGAACAAAAUGCAGUUGCAAAUCAGAAAGCGCAAUCGUUUGGUAGAAGGAACGAAAGCAUAAUAAUGGCCGCAGGUGUUGAUUGCAGCUCGAUGAAAACAGAGAAACAAAACAAUAAUUGCACACAGAUGGCGCUCGGUGCGCCGUGCCUUAGUGUCAAGCGUUUUUAGUGCAGCAUCAAGAUGGCUGCCGAGCAGCGUUAGGCAUUUGCGUCGCACGUGCGAAGCGAAUCGCGCACAAAACAAAACCGAUCCAAACUUGGAACUUCUUCGCUACAUGUUUAAACCGUCUAUUUAAUAUAUGUGUAAAACGAUAGCUUUAGUCGAGCGGAUGGCUGAACAUUCUGUCGAACUUUACUAACUUUAGUGGAAGCGUUUUGGGCUUUCUUUUCUGGGGUGCGUUAGCAGUGAAAGAAAGUAACGGAGUGAAGGGACGAAAGGGAACGCAGAGGGUAGAAGGAAACGGUGCGUGGAACAGGAUGGAGAUAUCCAGGGAACACCAGCAAGAAGCCCAUUUUCUUUUAUAAAUAUUUAGUGCAUAACGUGUACUUCUAGGUCAGGACGAGUUGUUAAUGAAAUGAACAUAUGUAUACACGCGUACACAAAACAUACAGCCUCAUGCACGUAAUAGCACAGGAACAUAGCAUACUUACAUAUAUGGCAGAGAACUCAGAUGAAAAGUGUGCGGCAGCAAAAUUUCACAGUAUUCAUUUUUUUUUUAAUCUAAAACCUUCCGAAUUCACUAUCAAAACUGAACCGUUUUAUCGGCUUGUUGCUUUCUUUCUUUGAUCUUACAUUUUGUCAACCAUUAUUUAAUAGAUAACCGUGACAAUGUAAAAUUGGAAAUCACCUUUCGUUUUGCAACGCACUGUACACCGAAUUCUUAAUAAAACUAAGAGCUACAAAACACUUA